AUGUACCUCCUGCCCCCUGCUGCAGAGGCGCUGUCGCACGCGCAAGUGUACGUCAGCCCGCUGCUGGUGGGCGGCUGGUGCGGGCUGGUCACCACAGCCCUCAACUGCCUGCCCGUGGGCAACCUGGAUGGCGGCCGCACGAUGCUGUCUGCCUUCGGCCGCAAUGCCCUGGCGGUCAGCAGCCUGCUGUGCUACGUGGGGCUGGGCCUGGGACUGCUGGGAUCCUCGCUGGCGCUGCCCUUCGGCCUCUACGUGCUCAUCUGCCAGCGCACGGCAGAGCAGUACAUCCAGGACGAGGUGAGCGGCGUGAGCGAGCGGCGGCGCGGCGUGGCCGCAGCCCUCAUCAUCUUUGCCAUCCUCACGCUGGUGCCCAUGGGGGCAGACCUUGCUGACGUGGCGGCCGUGGGCACGCCCUCCAGCUUCCUCUAG